GUCUUGAUCCUACUAACCUGGACUCACCGUGCGUUUCAAGCUUGGACUUCAGCAGCUCAAGGAAAUGUAGCUCAGCGGCUUGGCUUGUAACCCAGAGCGUACGGACAGGUCUCCGUGGCUGCGUUUCGGUGCUACGAGAUGGCGCUUGAGGGCUUCACCUCUGUCUGAGAAUCCAGCACUCCGGGCACGGGAAGAGUCAGCCCCGAUCCCGGGCUCCUCGCUGGAAUAAGCCUUCCCUUCCAGCCGCUUGGCGCACCUCCGCCCCACCCACUUUCUCUUAAUGAUGGGCAUUGGUAAGAACACAACGGCCAAGUCCAUGGAGGCUGGAAGUUCAACCGAAGGCAAAUAUGAAGACGAGGCGAAGCACCCCACCUUCUUUACUCUCCCGGUGGUGAUAAAUGGAGGGGCCACGUCCAGUGGCGAGCAGGACAACGAGGACACCGAGCUCAUGGCAAUCUACACGACAGAGAACGGGAUCGCAGAGAAGAGCUCUCUGGCAGAGACCUUGGACAGCACUGGCAGUCUAGAUCCGCAGAGGUCUGACAUGAUUUACACCAUAGAAGACGUGCCUCCCUGGUACCUGUGCAUAUUUCUGGGCUUGCAGCACUACCUGACCUGCUUCAGCGGCACCAUCGCUGUGCCCUUCCUGCUGGCAGACGCCAUGUGUGUGGGGUUCGACCAGUGGGCCACCAGCCAGCUCAUUGGGACCAUUUUCUUCUGCGUGGGAAUCACGACUUUGCUGCAGACGACAUUCGGGUGCAGGUUACCCCUGUUUCAGGCCAGUGCUUUUGCAUUUCUGGCCCCUGCUCGAGCCAUCCUGUCUUUAGAUAAAUGGAAAUGUAACACCACAGAUGUUUCAGUUGUGAACGGGACGACGGAGCUGCUGUACACAGAGCACAUCUGGUACCCCCGGAUCCGCGAGAUCCAGGGGGCCAUCAUCAUGUCCUCUUUGAUAGAGGUGGUCAUUGGCCUGCUCGGCCUUCCUGGGGCUCUGCUGAAAUACAUCGGGCCCCUCACCAUCACGCCCACGGUGGCCCUCAUCGGCCUCUCUGGUUUCCAGGCAGCGGGAGAGCGAGCAGGGAAGCACUGGGGCAUUGCCAUGCUGACAAUUUUUCUGGUAUUACUGUUUUCUCAGUAUGCCAGAAAUGUUAAAUUUCCUCUCCCAAUCUACAAAUCCAAGAAAGGAUGGACUGCAUACAAGUUACAGCUUUUCAAAAUGUUCCCUAUCAUCCUGGCCAUCCUGGUGUCCUGGCUGCUCUGCUUCAUCUUCACCGUGACAGACGUCUUCCCUCCUGACAGCACAAAGUACGGCUUCUACGCUCGGACAGAUGCCAGGAAGGGGGUGCUUCUGGUGGCCCCGUGGUUUAAGGUCCCGUACCCAUUUCAGUGGGGACUGCCCACCGUCUCUGCGGCAGGGGUCAUUGGCAUGCUGAGUGCGGUGGUCGCCAGCAUCAUCGAGUCGAUCGGGGACUACUACGCAUGCGCGCGGCUGUCCUGCGCCCCGCCGCCCCCCAUCCACGCGAUCAACAGGGGUAUCUUUGUGGAGGGCGUCUCCUGCGUUCUGGAUGGCAUAUUUGGUACUGGGAAUGGCUCCACUUCAUCCAGCCCCAAUAUUGGCGUUCUGGGAAUCACUAAGGUGGGCAGCCGCAGGGUGAUCCAGUACGGAGCAGCCCUCAUGCUCGGGCUGGGCAUGAUCGGGAAGUUCAGCGCCCUCUUCGCCUCCCUCCCGGACCCUGUGCUGGGUGCCCUCUUCUGCACUCUCUUUGGGAUGAUCACAGCUGUUGGACUCUCUAACCUGCAGUUCAUCGACUUGAAUUCUUCCCGGAACCUCUUUGUGCUUGGAUUUUCAAUCUUCUUUGGGCUUGUCCUUCCAAGUUACCUCAGGCAGAACCCUCUCGUCACAGGAAUAACUGGAAUCGACCAAGUGUUGAAUGUUCUUCUCACCACUGCUAUGUUCGUAGGGGGCUGUGUGGCUUUUGUUCUGGACAACACUAUCCCAGGUACCCCGGAAGAACGAGGAAUCAGGAAAUGGAAGAAGGGUGUGAGCAAAGGGAGCAAAUCCCUCGAUGGCAUGGAAUCCUAUGACUUGCCGUUCGGCAUGAACAUUAUUAAAAAAUACAAAUGCUUCAGCUACUUACCCAUCAGCCCAACCUUUGUGGGCUACAGGUGGAAAAGCCUCGGGAAGAGUCCCAACAGCCGGAGCUCGGAGGAAGACUCGCAGGCCACGGUAUAGCCGGAGCGGCCACGAAUCUGUAGGUCCUUGCUGAGUAACACAGUAACAUAGGUGUGUGUAUAUCUGCAUUUAC